CAGAACUCCAUUUCCCAGGGUGCCACGCGGGAAGGACCGGAAGGCGCGGCCGCCGCGGGUGGGCGGGGCCUGCUCUGGGAGGUGGCGGACUCAGUUUGAGCUGCUGCUGGGAGCGGGACUGGAGACGUUGCCCGGGCUGGGUCGGGAUGGCGGAGCUGGCGCAGGAGCUCAGGCGGUGGGCGGCCGAGGAGAUGAAGCUCCCGCCCUCCAAGGUUCCCGGGGAGAGCGACGCUCGCCGGAUGUGCUCAGGUCAGUGCGCUGAGAUCUGGAAAUACGUCAUCCGUCAUGUUCGCCACCAGAGGACUGUAAAGAAGAUCCGUGGGAACCUGCUCUGGUACCAACAGAUGGAGAAGUCAGAGGGCAAAUCCGACGACUCCAAAUCGGAGACGGAGCGGCGUAAGCAACUGGCUCAGAGCAUCAGCCGCCUCAAAGGGGAGCUGCAGCAGAUCGACCUGCAGAUUGAAGCAGCACAGCAGGAACUCAUCGCUGAUGAAGUUGCCGUGGAGACGGCCCAGGAGAAGAUCCGUGAUGCCAGGCACCGCCGUUUGCUGCUCCAGGCCUACUCUGCCCGGGUCGCCAGAGAGCGGCAGCAGUUGCGUGCCAGAGGGACACAAAUCCGGGGCCGCCUGGAGCAGUUCGAGGAGAUGGAACGGAAAGCCAAAGGAUCUGUUGUGUUUGGGAAAAACCCCGAGUCGGGAUUCCCCAGCUUCGAGCCAGAAGUCCUGCGAGAUGUCCAGGAAGCCUGCCAACUGCGCUUCCAGUUCCAGAAGACCCUUUUUGAUCACAGCAUAUCUGGGAGUUACCCCAGCGGGAUGAGCGAGGAGCAGCUGAACACCUCCUACCAGCACUGGCUGAGCAUUGUGGAGAAAGUGGUUGGCUCCCACCCGCCUGCUCAUAUCCUCUCCGCCCUGGAGCACCUGGCUUCUCAGAGCAUGCAGCAGCUGCAGGAGUUCACCAACAGCAUCAACAUCCCCCAGGAUGUGGAAGCUCUGAAAUUCCGAUACGACAGCGUCCACCUGGAAGACGUUUCGGAUCCAGCAGACAACCUGCCUUCCAUCCGGGCCCUCAUACAGGAGGGCUGGAACAAGUGUGAGAUGCUCUGUGUGCAGCAGCUCCCCCUGCAGGCCAAGGAGAGGAACCUUUCAGCCGAGUUGGACGCAGUCGUCCUGGAGAUGCACCGGCUGCUGUCGGACGGCUCGGAGCGCUCCAUCCUGGCCCGAGCCGUGUUUGAGUUGGAAUUGCGGGCCGUGAGAUUGCGGAGCUUCCGGGACGGCCUGCUGAAAGGCUGCCAGGAGCUGGAGGAGGUGGUGAGCACCCGGCAUGCCGAGCUGCAGGGCUUGCAAGCCAAACGCCAGCGCAUUCUGGACUUCCGCCACUUGGUGAACGAGAAGCAGCAGCACAUCCGGGCGCUCAUCAAAGGCACCUCGUAUAUGAAGUCCCAGCUUCGCAAGGACCAGGCUGAGAUCCAAGACUUCAUAGAGAAGAAAUUGCUGCCGCUGGAGCAUCAAGUGGAACUGGAGACUCAGCAGCUGCACAACAGAGUCGAGCGGGAAAUCCAGCAGUUCAAGGCCAUCGCCCUCCCCUGCCUGCUGCGCCGUGAACUUCCAGGGUCUCGGAGCAUCGCUGCUCACAUGCUUUCCAUCCACCGCCUCAGCCGGGCAGCACCAGCAGAGUACCGGGCCUUCUUCAACGUAUGCAACGGAGUGGCAUUCCCCCUUUACAAGGCUCCUGAGCAGCUCCUCUGCCACGUGGCGGAGAUGAAGAAGAGGCUCUUCUUGCUGCGGGCCCAGCUGGGCUUGAAACAGAGGGCUCUGGGAACCCUGCAGCGGCAGCUAGAGGACGCCCCGGAGCCGGACGUGCAGGCACUGGUGCGGGAGGUGCAGGCCCACAAUCAGGAUCAGGCCCACCAGCUGCUGCCCCGGAUCCAGCGGACCACGGACCAGUGCAGGAGCCGCAUUGAGCGCUGGCAGGAGGUGCAGGCCGUCGUGGACGCCUGGUGGGAACAACCUGGGCAGUUUGUGCUUCCUGGCGAGCGGCGCCUGGGUUUCACCUUGCAGCAGUGGCUGGAACGCUGGACCUUGGCCGCCAGGGUCCUGCAGAAGCAGCAGCAGCAAAGCUGGGUCUGAGCCGGGAGCAGCCGGCAUGCCAGGCAGUCCCUUCAGCCAAUCAGAACGGACUUCAAGGGCAUCUGCGUGUCGUCCAGCUGAUUGGUCAGUUGCAGAAUUCUCGCCCGUAGGAAAUCCUGCCCCCUUUUUGUAGGAAGUAAUAUUGUUGGUAUGAUAAGUGGGCAACUCCAGUCUUUUUUUUUUUCACCCCACAUUUCUGAUUCUUUGGAAUAAACAUAAAAGCAUACAUUUGAA